AACAAUAAUCGGUAAUUUCAGAAGCACUGUCUCUGGACACUGUACAAGCAGUAAAGCUGAACAUCAUGGAUCAACAGUUGGAUAUCUAUGCCAAUGUAGAGGGACCCUCAGAUACUGACUGGAAGUGGACAAGGGAGAGAAAACAGUCAGAAAAUAUUUAUGCAAAUGAAGACGAGAUCGACAUAACUGGACCUGCACUCUCAGGUGACAGAGCUGUAAAGAAGAGUUCCUGCAGAGUUGCUGCUGCAGUGUGUCUGAGUCUGCUGUGUCUUCUCCUUAUGAUCAGUCUCAUUGCUCUGGUUUUCCUAUUUAAGAGCAACUCUCAAUGGGAAAUGGAAAUGAUCCAGUUACAGACCAGCUACAACAACCUGACUGAAGAAAGAGACCAGUUACAGACCAGCUACAACAACCUGGUUCAAGAAAGAAACCAACUCCAAAAAAGAUUUGAAGACAUGGCCAAAGAGAAAGAUUAUCUUUGGGAAAAGCUUCAAGAUCUGAAUCGCCAACAAGGAUGGGUGUAUUUCAGCGGGAGUUUCUAUUACAUUUCUUCUCUGGAGAAAUCCUGGCAAGACAGUAGAUAUGACUGUCUGCAGAGAGGUGCAGAUCUGGUGAUUAUUAACAGCAGAGAAGAACAGGAGUUCACGAGACGUUUCCAGAAGACCGUGUGGAUCGGACUGACUGACUCAGCGACAGAGGGGUGGUGGAAAUGGGUGGAUGGGACUCCGCUGACCACGAGCUACUGGGCCCAGUCUGAGCCAAAUGGUGUUCCAAUCAGAGAUGAAGACUGCGCAGAAAUAAAGAUGUAUCAUUUAGAAAACAGCUGGAAUGAUGAAUCGUGCGACCAUCAAAGAUUCUGGAUCUGUGAGAGUAAAUGGGUUUAACUGACUAACUCAGCAUCCGAACCCACAAGACAAAGAUAUGAAAGCCAAGGAGAUACUCUAUGUUGCAGUUGAGUGACAUACGGACAAUUUAGACAAAGGCUUCAGGAAAGCCAUAAACUUUCAUCACAGGGAUAAUCUCUGGAGACAUAAUAAAAGGCUGAUACUGUAAAAACAGGUUUAUGUAACAUUUCUUGUAAGUAACACAGGUUAUCCCACACACAAUAUAAUGACACAAGUUUGUUCUUUGACUAUAAUUUCUUCAAAUACAAUAUAAUUCUUUCUUAUAUAACACACAUAAAACACCUUGAUAAAUAAUCCAGUUCAAGCUGUCAUUAGGUAAACAUUUUUACUUAAGUCUGUAAUGACUUUGCUUUUUUUGGUCUCCACAGUGGCCAAAAACACCACCUCGAUAUUAACAGAUUUUUUAAAAUUAGCUUUAAUUUUGUUUCAUUAUUUUACAAAUGAUUUUCCAUUCAAGUUAUUCACUUCUAUUUUUAAGUUUGUCAUGAUCUAAUUUUUGUGUUGUGGAACUUUCCUUCAUCUUUUUUAAAAUAAGAAAUAGUUUCCUUAAUGCAUCAUAUUUUAUAUUUUGAACUUCACUUCUCACACAGACUUUACAAACAGACUGCUGCUCCCUCACUGCCAUAAGGAGCGUUGGUGCAGGUCCUUCAUCCCACCAGCUGUCAGACUCUUUAACUCAGCAACAACAUAAUGUUUGUCUCUUGUUGUUGUUGUUGUUGUUGUUGUUUGUAAUGUGGUGUAAUUCUUGUGAUUCUGUUAGAUUAAUCAGGCUGUUUUCUUAACUUUAUCUUUAAAAUAUAUUUUUCUAUUUCAUGUUUGUGUUAUACUCUCACCUUGUAUCAUAUAUAAAAUAUUUUGAAAUGAGAAAAGGAAAAAAUUAAGACAAAUACGAUCUAUUUGGCACACCUGUGAGUGCUCAUACAAUUUGUCUGAGCCAACCUGAGGAAGCUGCAGGUAAAAUGUGUUUUUUGCUCCUAAAUAAAGUAAU